GAGGAGGCGAUACCAGAGCUGGAGAUUGCGUUGACGAGCUUCUAGAUUUAACCAGAGAAGAGGAUAAGGGCGGCAAGAGUGAAGGCUCCCAGGCCUCAAUCCAGGCUCCCAGGCCUCAAUCCAGGCCCCUUGACCUCAACCCAGGCCCCCGGGCCUCAAUCAGUUUGUUGGCCUCAAUCCAGACCCCCAGGCCUCAAUCCAGGCCCCUUGACCUCAACCCAGGCCCCCGGGCCUCAAUCCAGGCUCCCAGGCCUCAAUCCAGGCCCCUGGGCCUCAAACCAGACCCCCGGGCCUCAAUCCAGGUUGUUGGGCCUCAAUCCAGACCCCUGGGCCUCAAUCCAGGCCCCGCCCCCGGGCCUCAAUCCAGACCCCCGGGCCCUCAAUCCAGACCCCCGGGCCUCAAUCCAGGCCCCUUGACCUCAACCCAGGCCCCCGGGCCUCAAUCAGGCUCCCCGGGCCUCAAUCCAGACCCCGGGCCUCAAUCCAGUUUGUUGGGCCUCAAUCCAGACCCCAGGCCUCAAUCCAGGCCCCUUGACCUCACCCAGGCCCCCGGGCCUCAAUCCAGGCUCCCGGGCCUCAACCCAGACCCCCGGGCCUCAAUCCAGGUUGUUGGGCCUCACUCCCAGGACCCCCAGGCCUCAAAUCCAGGCCCCUUGACCUCAACCCAGGCUUCCCAGGCCUCAACCCAGACCCCCGGGCCUCAAUCCAGGUUGUUGGGCCUCAUUCCAGACCCCCAGGCCUCAAUCCAGGCCCCUUGA